GGGCAGCAAGCAAGGUCGCGGAUGGAGCUGUUCCAGUCACCGGCUGAGUACACGGUGCGGGGCGCCCACAGCUGCCUGUCCUGCAGUCGCUCCAACGGCAGCAUGGAGAUCAAGGCAGCCUCCGACGUGGACUUGUCCAGAGCUGUCUGUCUCGGUCUGGUGGAAGGAGUUGUUGGGAAGUUUCAGUUUCACCCAGAUUUAGAAUGUUUCCUGGUCCUUAUUCAAAGUAAAGACCUUGUGGGCACGGUUUUCGGGGACCAUGAGAUGUACAAGAUCACCAAGGUGGCUGUGAUACCGUUGACUAAUGAUGAACCUCAGGACCUGAAGCUGGAGUUUUGCCAUAUGCACAUGCAGUUUGCAGGUGAAGCAACUGUCCCCGUCACCCAGAAAAGAUCGCUGGCGGAUGCAGGUGCUAAGCGGCAGGUGAUGUGCAUUACUCCUCUCUGUUUAAUUAGUUGAAUGAGUGGACGAUACAGUCCCUUUGCUCACCACGUCCACCGUCGAUCACUCGUUCACACUAGUUCUUUGGUUUAGUUUAGUGCAGAGCAAGGGUUCCCAACCUGGGGUGAAUUUAUCCCCAGGGGGGUAAAUUUCGCCUACCCAGGGGGUACAUUUGUUGAUUCUGGGUUUGUUAAAAAAUAAUAUUUUAAAAUGUCCCCUUUGCUGGUUGCUUUAUUGUGGUAGAAGUGUAAAUCAAAUUACUAAACAAAACAGGGUGGGGGUAAAUUUACUGUCGAAAAGUUGCCAGGGGGGGUAAACGGGAUGAAAAAGGUUGGGAACCCCUUGGUUUAGAGGUAGGGUGCGGGAAACAAGCCCUUCGGCCCCUGUAAGGAAGCAACUCUACCGCUGCGCCACCGUGCCACAAGUUCCGUCUCAUCCAGAUUUCGCACCCACUCCCUACACACCACGCUCAAUUUCACAGAGGGCCAUUUACUCCUGAAAACCCGCGUUUCUUUGGGAUGUGGGAGGCCAAGCCCUCGUGGUCACAGGGAGAAUGUCCAGACUCCACACACAUGCAGUGCCCGAGGCAAAAAAAAAAGAAAAAGGAUCUCGACACGAAAAAAAAAAAAAAGAACGGCCUCGACCCGAAACGUCGCCUAUUCCUCCGCUCCAUAGAUGCUGCCUCACCCGCUGAGUUUCUCCAGCAUUUAUGUCCACCUUCGACUCAACUUCCCUGUGCCAAGCAAGGAGCCACACGAGCUAGUCCAGUCAGCCUACAUUUGGCCCACAUCCCUCCCACCAUUUCCUAGCCCCGACCUGAAAUCUAAUUUGUCCAUGUGCUCCAGAGAAGCUGAGUUACUCCAGCACUUUGUGUUUAUAUUUUUUAUUCUUCUUCUGCGACCAUCUUCCAUGUUUCAAAUGUUCGAGAAGGAACUGUGCAGAUGCUGGAAAAUCGAAGGUAGACAAAAGUGCUGGAGAAACUCAGCGGGUGCAGCAGCAUCUAUGGAGCGAAGGAAAUAGGCAACGUUUCGGGACCUUCCAUGUUUCAAAUGUUGACCUCGCUGUUAUCUACCGUCCUGAAAAGGACGCAAGCUUCCGGCGACAAUCAGUGGGAGCCAUCGCUUGCCGCAGUAGAUGGUGGUAGCAGAAUUAGCUUGGGAUACUUCCAGUUUCCCAGCCCCUAAAGGUGGACCUUCUGCUAUGGGGGCCUGUGUUUUUUUAAAUUAAAAACCAGCAUCUGCAGUCCCUUGCUUCUCCAUCUAGUUUAUUGUGGUUGAUAGUUUCGUGUCGUUUCCUACGUAUAUUUUAAGCACUGCGCUAGUACACGGUGGCCCCCGCUAUCCCCGUGGCGGCUC